GUUCCGAUUUCACUACCCAGCACUUCACGUCUAGCUAGCCUCCCUUGUCCUGCCUAGUCGCGAAUACCACCCGUCGAGCCUCGAUUUGAACCUCCAGCAAACGAACCACCUCACGGUCCACUUCGCGAUCCACUAGCUGAAGACGAUCAACUGAGUCUCUUUCGUCCUGCCGCUCUCCUAAAGUAUCUAUAUCAAGUAGCAUCUUUUUGCUUUCGAUAUUCUGAACAACGCUAGAGGCAGUUUCAGAGGCCUGGUCGCCCAACAUGGAGACACUCCGGGCCAUGUUUGCCAAACCGGACCCUCAGGCACAACUCCGAAAAUGCAACGCGCUUAUCCGCUCGAACAUUCGAAAACUCGAUCGAGACAUCGCCUCCGUCAAGCAAGUCGAAGCUAAGACGAAGAGCCUUAUCGUUCAAGCCGACAAGCGCGCCCAGCGAGAGCCACAGCGGGCCAAGCAGGCGCAAAAAGAGGCGCGCGACUUUGCCAGGGAACUGAUCCGAGCGCGGAAAACGAGCAAUCGUUUGGUGACAUCCAAAGCACAGCUCAACAGCGUUCAGAUGCAGGUCAACGAGGCCUUUGCCGUCCGCAAGAUAGAGGGGAGCAUCCGUGCCAGCGUUGGCGUUAUGCGUGAUAUCAACUCGCUCAUCCGUCUUCCCGAACUUGCCGGAACCAUGCAGGAGCUUAGCGUUGAACUCAUGAAGGCGGGCAUUAUCGAGGAGAUGGUUGGCGAGAGUCUCCCCGAGGACAUGGAUGGUCUCACUGAGGACGCCGAAGGCGAAGGCGAAAUCGACAAGGUUCUCGGCGAAAUCCUCAAGGACCGUGGCCCCGCUGCCCGCGAAAAGCUUCCCACCGUCCCUGUCUCCCAGGAACCCAGGCCAGUCGAGGCCGAAACCGCUGCCGCGCAGGAAGAAGACGAGGAGGACGCAGAGGCUAUGAUGAGCCAAAUGCGCGAAAGGCUGGAGGCACUUCGGAGCUAAGACUGGGCUUGAGAGUGUUUUGUGGCUGCUAUUUGCCAUAUUUCCCUUCAUUUUCGAGGUGUACACGCAUAUACUGAUAUACGCAAGUUCUGUUUGCAGGGUGCCCGGCGUUAUGGGACUGGGCUGGAUUGUGCAUUUUUCGGACGUUUUUACUGUUUUCCCAUUUGGUUGCCCAGCCAUGGAGGGGAGCAGAACUCGGAGAUGAGAACAAAAAGCGACAAGGCAGCGAAGGGUGCCUCUGCGUGCGCUGACAUCUACUAGUCGCUACCUUACCGACUGAUUUUGUCAUCGCGCUUCUUAUCAGAUGGAUGGUUUAUUCACGAUGCUUCGGCACUCCAGCGUCUAUAGAUUCCAUUGAUCCGAUCGGCAGACUCUGAGGCGUCGCAUUGGAUUUGGAUGUUUAAAAUCUUCUCUUUCGUCAAGCGACCAUGGCUGCGAUCGUAAGCGGGCGAG